AUGUUUUAUAUUCAGAUGCUUUCUUCAUGUUGGUAUUGUACAAAUGAAACUGAUGCUGAAGAACCAUUUAUAUCUGAUUUUCGAGCAGAAAAUUUAACAACUCUUGAACAAAAGAUAAUUUAUAGAAAUAUUCAUAAUGCAUAUAAAAGAGCCCUUUAUAAGACAUUGCAAAAUAAAACAAAAUUAUAUAAUUUAAUUGAAUUACUUAAGAAAUUUGCUGAAGAUGAUGAACAAUUUAAAUCAGAUGAUAUGCAAGAUAAUGAUAUGAAUAACAAAGAGAAUAGCAAUCUUAUGAUUUAA